CGAGUGGGUAACCUUGAGCUGAUGAACUGGCAAUACUGAGCUGGUGAACUUAAUAGCUUCUUGGGAACCCAAAUGCCACGUGGCAACGGUGGAUUAUUGGGGUGCUUGAAAACAUGGUGGCGAUUCAACUUCUGGUUAUUUAUGACUUUUGUGACGAUUGAUAUUCCGAGGGGUUGUGCCUUUUGAACAGUUUUGGGCAGUUGGGAGGCCCAUUAAGGCGUUGAAGACACGAGGCCCGGUCCAAGAGGUGACGUGGAGCACGGGGACCGAGGACUUUGCCUAUAAGUAGGGAGAGAGGGGAGAGUUUUUGUCACUUUUACAAUUCUCUCUCUCUCUCUAACUCUGAGUUUUCUGCUCUCUCUCUCUCUACUUUAGAGCAUUUUCUCUCUCUAAGUCCGAGCCCCAUCUUCUUCGUCCGACCAGGUACGCCUUUGUUUUGCUUUUUUACUAAGUUUUUCUUCUCUUUCUUUUAAUAAAAUCGGCCGACCCCCUUCUGUUGAUAAAUAAUGGGGAGCUCGUCCGAGUCAGUGACACCCCCUCCCUCACCUCCUUAUAAUUUAGCCGAGGAAGUGAGGGGUAUGGGAAUGGUUUUGGUGUCAACUUUAAUAAGUUGCCCGGAUCCCUCGGCAGUGCCUGAGGCGCUUUCCCUCCCAAGUACUCCUUCGCAAGCCGAGGAGGAGGAGGCCGAGGGUACCAUCCCCCUACCCUGGGAGGUGUCCCUGGCCUAUCCUUCUUCGAGGAGUUACUUAGACAAAUAUUUGUCUGAUGGUGUAGUUAGGAUAGCUAUGCCAGGAGAGGAAGGCGAAGCUUCUACAUCGGGUCGGCUCGCGUAUCCCGAGAUCGACCCCAAAGGCGGUCCGGGCGCCAAAUUUCCACUUCCAUCUUUAAUAAGGGCCUUAUUGGAGGAUGCCCGAGGCCAAGCAGCGAAGUUCCAAAUAAAGGACCCCUACAUAUUAGUCCGACCCGAUGCUAGCCAUACCAUUCUGAGUCCGCCUCCUGGAUGCACCGCCUUUUAUUACAAGGCCAUGGAGAUGGGCUUAAGAUUCCCGCUGACCCAGUUUGAGAAGGACAUAUUGAAUGCCUACAACCUAUGCUUGGGUCAGCUGUCUCCUAAUUCGUGGGGCGGAAUCUUGGCAGUCCAAGUAAUAUGUGAUAUCAUUGGCGUCAGGCCGACCCUCACACUCUGGCGCCAUUUGUACAAGCUCUAUGAGAUGCCAGCCGGGGAUCACGGACCUGGGUGGUGGUGUUUCCAAGCUCGGCGAGGCUACCGAACCGUUCUUGACUUACCCACUUCUCAAAAGGGGUUUCGCCGGUGCUUUGCCUUCGUCUACUAUGGGGGAGAAUGGGGCAUCCCGACCGUGCCUCCAUCUGACGACCCAAAUCACUGCCUCAACUUCAAAGUGCCCGAGCUGUCAGAAGACGAAGCCGUGGCCGCUAUUUACUUUCAGUUGGAGGCUAAGAUAGUAGAUGGCGGUGAAGUUUUUGUGGCGGGGAACUGGCUCCCGAGCUGCAAACUCUUUAAAGAUGAGCACUUCCUAGCCGCGUUCGGUCUGAGCCCGGCUUUUCCCAAGGAAGCUUCCUUAGCUUACAUAAAGGAAACUGACCAAGAGAUGGCCGAACGACUGACCUCCGCUGCACUGAAGGCGGCUCGGAUUAGGGCCGAGAUGAAGGCCAACAAGAUCAACAAGCCUUCUAAGCCAAAGGAUCCUUCCAACCCUAAACCGAGGAAGCGCAAAGAGCGCACUGAAGAGAGGGUGGAGAUGACGGAAAAGGCCUUGGCGAAGGCCCGAGCCGAGCAGGAGGCUUCUGCAAAGAAGGCUAGAAAGGAGCCUUCCGUCGAGGUGAAUAGUCCUCGACCCGAAUCUGAAGGUGGGGGGACCCAUGUCUCAGUCCAUCCCUCAGAUUUCGAGCCUGUUCGGAGUCCGGGGUACGUACCGGAGGCCUCUCACCCUUCUCCGUUUUCCAUCCGAAUGACUAAAGUGGCGAAGACCGGCUCGCCCUGGUACAGAGGUCUCGGACCUGAAGAGGCGGCUCGGAAGCACUUCGAUGAGGUCUACCAGGCCAAGGAGCUAAGCGCUGGCCGAGCUCCGCUUGGAGGAGGCCAACAAAAAGAUCGAGAAGGGCGAGGCGACCUGGAAGCAAGAGAGGGAGGAUUGGCAGGUCGAAAGGACCAACCUUCUCUUGCCAAGGAAACGCUGAGUCCGCCAAAGCUACGGCCGAGACCAAGCAGGUCAGGCCGAGAAGGACUUGGAGGAGGUCCGGCUCAAACUCUCUCGGCCGAGGCUCAACUGAAAAAGCCCAAGCGGCCGUUUCUCGCUCUCAGGGGAAUGGUUCAAGCGCUGGCAGAAGUCGGAUGA